UCAACAAAAAAUAAAAUAAAAUCUAUUCACUCUAUUAUCUCAUCCUCUUCCUCGCUUCCCCACCACCUCUCCUUUUCCUCCCUCCCUAAAACCUCGCCGGAAAUAACCACCGAACGGCGGGGCAACCACAACCACCACCACCACCCUAUGUCCACUUCUUCAAUGCCCUCAAUUCCCCUACUCUGCCUCUCUCCCCCAACCAAGCCAAGCCUCUCCGUUUCAUUGAGGCCACCCUCUUCCUCUUCUUCCUCUUCUCCCUUUUCUUCAUUUUCUUGCUCUUUGGUUUCCAAGCAUUCCAAUGAAUUCAGCAACAGGACGACUAAGCUUUCGAUAUUCGCUUGCUCUACGUCGCCGUUCAUAGGGAGAGUGGGUCUGCAGUGGCGGGAGGGGAACGUGUCGCUGCUGUCGUUUGGGGUAAACCCAUAUGCGAUGGCCGAAGCUGGGAAGAAGAGCGAUUCAUCCCAGGCUCUGUCAGCAUUGCUUCCCUUUGUGGUCGCUGCCACUGCGAUUGCCGCUCUUGCUCAGCCUUCCACUUUUACUUGGGUCUCUAAGGAACUAUAUGCCCCUGCUCUUGGUGGGAUCAUGUUGUCUAUUGGAAUCCGACUUUCCAUUGAUGAUUUUGCCCUUGCAUUUAAAAGACCUUUACCAUUGUCUCUUGGGUUCAUUACGCAAUAUGUGCUGAAGCCGGUCCUAGGAGUAUUAAUUGCAAGAGCAUUUGGCAUAUCCCGGAUAUUCUAUGCAGGCUUUGUGCUCACAUCUUGUGUUGCAGGAGCUCAGCUGUCUAGCUACGCCAGCUUUUUGAGCAAAGGGGAUGUGGCCUUGAGCAUUCUCCUAACCAGCUCUACCACCAUUGCAUCAGUGCUUUUUACGCCUCUACUGACUGGCCUUCUAAUUGGAUCUGUUGUUCCAGUUGAUGCUGUUGCCAUGUCAAAAUCAAUAUUACAGGUAGUUCUUGUUCCAAUCACCCUUGGACUUGUGCUUAAUACUUAUGCAAAACCAGUUGUGACUGUCCUUCAACCAGUGAUGCCAUUUGUUGCAAUGAUUUGCACUUCUAUGUGCAUCGGAAGCCCACUUGCUAUAAAUCGGAGCCAAAUUCUGUCCAUGGACGGUCUCCGACUGGUUUUACCAGUACUGACAUUUCAUGCUGUGGCCUUUGCUGUGGGCUAUUUGGUCUCCAAAAUUCCAAUGUUGAGGCAAGAAGAAGAAAUUAGCAGGACAAUUUCAUUAUGCACAGGAAUGCAAAGCUCCACCCUGGCAGGGCUUCUUGCUACCCAGUUCCUUGGGAGCAGUCAGGCAGUUCCACCAGCGUGUUCAGUAGUUGCAAUGGCUAUCAUGGGCCUUUGUCUUGCCUCUUUCUGGGGCAGCGGCUAUCGGAUCAGAGACCUACCAUCCCUUCUAAUGCCACAAAGCGGUUCUACGGUCAACAUUUGAUGAAGCACGGUCGGAGCAACUGCGAGGGCUAGAUUGAACUAACCUCGAAGGUUACUGGUCAUCGGAGAAACUGAUGCGUGGCUCUAACAAUUGUCAGUACAAAAGAUGGGCCAGUCAUGUCAUGGUUGAACCAUCAGAGAUUUAGAACCUGCCAUCAAAGAUUCAGAAGCAGGUUAUGCAGCAAUAUAUAUAUACAGCAGAUUAGGAGCUAUAUAUAUAUAUAUAUAUAUAUGCGUGUGUAUGUAGCCUCAGAAAAGCAAAAGAUCAUUCAAAAAAAAGAAAAGAAAAACAAGAGAAAAAAAGGAGCCAUAUACAUAUAUAGCGAGAUUUUGCUGGGAUACAUAUGGGGAUACAAAUGGUUGUAUGAAGUAAGAUUUUGCUCUCUCUUCACUCUUGCAUGCAUACAAGUGUUCAUAACUUCAAAGCGCGUGUCCGGCCUUAUGUGUUUAGUGUCUUUACUCGACUGAAUUAAGAUGUUUAUCUAAGGGAGAUUUAUGACAAACUUCAAAUACUUGUGUAAAAAAACAGGCUCUAUAUAAUGAGAUUUGAUUCUUGCACUACA